AUGUCCGCCGCGGCUGCUGCCCUGCACAGCGACCACGUCAACCUCCUCAUCUUUCGCUACCUGCAGGAAGUCGGCUUCGAGAAUACUGCCACCGCGCUCCACUCCGACUGGCAUCGCUCCCGCGACUGCUACGACCCAGAGAAUCUGCCAUUCGCGCGCGAGGUCCAGCGGAACGAGCUGGUUUCGGUCAUCCAAGCGGGCCUCUUCCACGACGAGUUACAAUCGCGCAUAAGGAAGGGCGAGCGCAAAUUCAGAUGGACCGGCAUAGAUGCGCGCGAGAGCAUAGAAAGACACGAUGAUAGACUUGAGAAUGGCGCUGGUGCCCGGCCGUCUUCCAGCGGCAAGCCGAAGGGCAGGCCGCCUGUGAUGAGGCGCCCAAAUAACUUUCCCACCCCCGUCCCUAAGCGCCAGCGGAGAAGCGAGGGCAGCGAAGGUCAGGUGAAUGGCGAGCGCGACCCAAUGGACGUGGACGCUGCAUCUGGAUCUGGUGAUGCUGAAGACGAUGGUGAAGCAGCUUCCCCAGCCGUCCAGUCCGACCCCGAACAGGCCGAGGUCAUCGAGCGUUACGAUAGUAUGGACGUUGCGACGCAGACCGAGAUCAAGACCGGCCCAAAAACUAGUACUGUGCACUGGACUGUCGACAAGCCUGUCAUCCAGAGCGCGUGGAACCCAGACUCGAACCCUAACAACGCCAAGGCUUUGCUCACGGUGGGCGAGUCGCUUUGCCGUUUCUAUGAUGUGCCUGCCUCAGUAGACGACGCGCAACAGAUUACUCACGUGGACGAGCCUUCCAUGCCAGACAACGCUAUCGUGACUGCUGUGGCAUGGCGACCGGACGGCCAAGGUGCAUGCUGCGCUGUGAGUAGUCUACGAGAGCUACCAGAUGGCUCUAAAUUGGACUCGCAACUGCUCAUUGAACACAACAAGAACGGCGGCAGCGCAUCUUUUCAACUUGGACCUCCAUUACUAGAGCCGCCAGGUAUCGUACUAAGUUUAAGAUACAGCCUAGAUUCGCAGUACCUACUGGUUGCGCGGUCGAACAUGAAGCGAGGAUUGGUGCAAAUUUGGAAGUCGCCACGACAAGGAGUCGACGAUGAUUCUUCAACGCGGGAACCGAUUGCCUGGCGGAUGUUCGAUCACCCACUUGAGGACGUCAGCUGGACUGGGAACGACGCGUUUGUGGUCUGCGGCGACGAUGGCCUUUCUGCAAUGUAUCAAGUGGACGUCAGUCAGAAAGAAGAGAUGAACACCGUUUCUGAAGGCUCGACUGCGAUGCGCGGCUUGAUAUCGCACAACUCGAAGAUCCUCGACACGAAUUACAGACUUGACAAGUUCCGCUUCGAUCGCCGACGAAAGAAUGCAGUGUUUGUUUCGAGCGAGGCCAAAAAGAUGAUUGUCACGCCCAGGCUUUACGACAGCGAAGCCAAGCCUGAAGUCGACGUUGAACUGGACUUGCCUGAAGAACCCGUCGCGGUGGAUUUCCGGCCCUGGACAAAGACUGAAGAUGAAACCUCAAACGAGCACGAGUCUCCCAGUCUACUUGCUGUUGGGUUCGGGGAUGGCACCUGCUCCAUCUACAGCAUUACUCGAUCGCCAGACGUUGGCGCUAAAUGCAUUGAGCUUGCAUCUCUCUCUUUGAGCGAAGGUCCUGCAUUGUCGAUCGCGUGGUCGCCGAAUGGAGAGCAUCUCGCCGUUGGCAAUGGAGAGUUGGUGCAAAUGUGGUCCGCAGACUCACUAAGACGUAAGAACGGCGUGCGGCAUGUGGCCGAAGCAUCGGUGACGUGGCGGCCAAUAUCUGAGACCAAUGGAGUGGUUGACGGCCAACAUGAGGAGAAGCCUGUCGCGGAGCCGAGUCUCAGCUGGAGUUCUGAUGGAGAGAGUUUGGCGUUUACUGUUGAGAAGCAGGUAUGUUCAAAUUUUGUGAAGUGA